GGGUUGCUGACGGGCCAGCAAGAGUCUAGACUCUAGGCAGGGGGGAAGAAGGACGAAGACCACGACGAGUAAUUAGGUGAUUCUGUUGGCGAUAGAGAGAUCAUGGCUUUCGCUGCUGUCUUCUUCUUCGCGAUGUUCCUAGCCGCAUCCUGGCUGGUGGCGCAGCCGGUUAUGGCGCAACAGGGUCAGCAGUCUAUUCCUGAUUUGAUCGAGGGAUCCACGGCACGUACGGAUUUGGGUGUUUUCGCUGAGAGUUUGCGAUCCGUCCCGGAUGCUCUUCAAGCGAUGGAGAGUCAGCGUCAAAAGCCUGAAGGGGUGACCAUCUUCGCACCCACCGACGACUCUCUGGUUGCUGCGCCGGAGUCUGUCACCCAAUGUCUGCGGCAAUCACCUCGAGCCAAUGAGAUUGCGACGGCUUUUCUGCUAUCUCACGCGAUUCCCGGGAGUCUGCCGAUGGACGCGUUGACGACGAAGGUCAGCCAGUUGCCGAAUGGCAAGUUCAUGCAGCCCACGUUGGCGGGAGGGGACUCCAGCCUUGUCGUUAUCCGCCAAGCGGCAUCAAGGUACCCUGGCGCAAAUACAGGCAUCUUCGUGGAUGAUGCGCAGAUCUUACCGGAUGGGUCCAACGUCGUGACUGCUUCGGGUCUCGUCGUGCACGCCAUCGAUGGGCCGAUUCUUACUCCGCAUGUCGUGCAGAUGCUGGACGUGAUGAAACGCAUGUUGAAUAUGGUGUGGGAGCUUGAGGAGGGACCUGAUCCUCAGCUGGAUGAUCUGAUUGAUUGGCAGCUGGCGGAUGCUCUCAAUAGUCAUCAAUGCGAUGUUCUUUGUGAAGAGGGAAGAGACUUGGAUGACGCGUUGGAGGCGUGACCUGCGAAGAGCUUGACUGAG